AUGACAUUUCUUGAAUUGAACUUGCUUUAUACUGAUUGGGCAAAUUAUUAUUUGGAAAAAGCGAAUUAUUCAAAAUUAAUCACCAGUAUAAAAAAUGAUUUGUCCAAUGGUCUUUUAUUAGCUGAUAUUAUACACGCAGUAGCUAAUAUAAAAGUUAAGACAUUGUGUCAAAAUCCAAGAACAUUGGCACAAUCAAUAUUGUCGAUAUUUAAACAAGAAUCAAGAAAGGUGAAACAGUCACCAGUAGUACAUAUUCCCACCUGUAUUCCGUUUUUAUCAUCAUCAUCAUCAUCGUUAUCACAACCCCCAUUAAUGCUUUCAUCCCCAUCGAAAUUUCAUUCAUCAAUGCUCAAAUUAAAAACUGGAAGUUGUCAAGAAAAUGAAAAAUUAUUAUCAUGUCAAGAGAAACAAAUUUACAAAAAAAAUCAUAUAUCAGAUCAAAUGAACAAACUGUCUAAUUUACACUGUCAAUCACUGAAACCUUUACAUAGUAUUACCACUAGUCCUUCAAAACAAAUCCCUAACCAUCUUGAUAAUGAUAAUGAACACAAAUCAAUAACCCUUGACAAUACAAAUAUUAGUAGUAGUAACAGUAGUACAAGCAGUAACAAUAGUAGAAAUAAUAGUCUUCCUUCAAAUCAACAAGAAAUUACUUCUACAUUGUCCACAUUCAAUUCAAUUACUACAGGACACCUAAAAACGCCAAAUAUCACUGGAACAUCAAAUCAAAAUUUCAAUCAUUUAGCACUGAACAGUAAUAAUCAUGGGGGAAUUAAUGCAUCAGUGACUUUUACUAAAUCGAAUGUUGCUUCUUUACGUUUCCCUUCAUCUGUUCAAAUAUCUACAUCAUUCAAUUCUCCUUCAUCGUCGUCUUCAUUGAAUUCCACUUGUAAUAGUGGUAAAUCGCAACAACAACAGGUCAGUAUUCGUCAGUCGAUUCCACGGGCAAAUCAUCCAGUAAAUUUGAAAAUAAACCAAAAAUCAACACAAAAACAUAAAGAUAAAGUUUAUGAUAAUGAAAACACGAAUAAUUGUCAAACAACUAAUCGAAGUGGCAACAUUACUAACAAUAAUAAUUCAUCUGCUAUAAAAAUUAAUAAAUUAACACAAAAACCACUGAGUACCUCAACAUCAUCACAGUCAUCUUUGUCAUUAUCAUCAACAACAACAAUUUCUCCGACAACACCAUGUACAGUUUUAAAUGUUCAUCAACAGAGUGAAUAUAGUCAUGAUGUAUCCAAUUCAACAAAUAAUUCAAGAAUCGAUGAAAUACAACAACAUUCAUUAUCUGAGCAUAAAAGUGCUCCUGUUGGAACUAAUUAUUCACAGAAACCAAUCAAUAUAUACCAAUUUAAAGCAUCUAGUUUUGAAAGAUCGAUUGGGUUAAAAUCUACAUCCGACUUAAUUAUUAAACCGUUGAAGACAAAAUCUAGUCAUCGACAAACUUCUCAAUCACCAAAACAAGAAAAAUCAAUAAAGUCAACUACUCAUCCGGUGAAUAAUAACAAUAUACCACCUACAUUAACAAAGCUUUCUCUAGAUAAAACAAACAAUAAUAAUAUUACUACUAAUAGUAAUACUCAACUAAAUCAAUCCAUAGUUUCAUCUUCAGGAAAUUUAUCACCAUCUUCAUCUGGUAUACCAAUGCCUCGUCAUUUACAUUUAAAUCAGCAUUCUAAUAACACCAGUAAUAAUAAUAAUAAUAGUACGAAUAGUAUGCCGUCAUCUGCAAGGUCACCUGUGAAAAUCGAUCGUAUACAGCAUUUGAAUUUUUCCUCUCAAGGUCAAAUGAUCACAUGUCAUAAUAAUCCUAAUCCUAAUCCUAAUCAUCAUAUGCUAACUAGUCAUCCAACUCAUAACAAUAGUAAAGACAAUAGGUAUCAAACAGAUGUGCCAAAUUCAAUAUGUCCAAAUAAUUUUAUUCAUUCACGUACAUUAAAUCAAUAUCAACAAAAACCUCAACAACAAAAUAAUCAAAAAUGUUAUACUAGUCCUAUGAAUUAUGAUCAAUCAGUAAAUGUUAGCAAAAUGCCUCCUACAAUUCAAUCAGUAACAAAUGUAACACCAUUAAAUAUUCAACAAUCAAAUCCAUGUUUUACACAGAUAUCAUCAACUCAAGAAAUAUCUUCUCAGAUGAAUCAACAACCUUUUCCUCCUUGUCAACUAGCACCACCACCUUCUCUUCCUCCACCUCCACCUCAUCAUCAUCAUCAGCAGCAUCAUCAUUAUCAACAUCAACACCAACAUCAUUCAAACGAGACAGGAAAUUCAGGAGUUCAACAAGCGAAUCUAUCGGAAAGAUAUUAUACUGUCAAUCCUUUAUCCUCGCCUACAAUGCCACCAUUAAAUCCUAGUUUUCUUCAUGAUACACGACGCUGUCAAUCGGGAAAUAGUUUGUCUGAACAAAGAAGCCACCACCACCACCACCACCAACAACAACAACAGCUGCAAGCCACACAAUACCAGCAAACAAUGCCUACUUCAAAUACACAAAUACUAAAAGCUGGUAUGGCUUAUUCCACUGACUCAAAUAUUAUUUAUCCUUCAGUUAAUCCACCAUCUGUACAAUAUACACAGUUGGACAAUAGUUUAUCUAGCCCAAAUAUACAGCAGUAUUCACCUCGAAGUUAUCCAUUUGUCCCACCAAUUUCAUACCGUCCUACGACACAAGCUGCCAAUCUAAACUGUAUACCAACAACGCAAUAUAAUUAUCCAACUGGGAAUAAUAUUUCAUCUACUACCACCACUACUACUAUUACUACUACCACUACUACUACAUCUACUGCUAGUGCUUCCGAUAAGUCAAGUAUAGGUAGACGUCGCGGACGACUUCAAGAUUCCUCUGAAACAGGUCAAGUUCAAAGUCCUUACAGCCAUUAUCCAAACCAAGUUGCACAAGUCACCACAGUGACACAAGCAAGAGUGACAGCUACAACAGCAACAACAAUAACAACAUCAGUUAGACCAGAAAUGAGUGUAAACAAUACACCAGCGAAUGCUGCAUACAAGUAUUCACCUUAUAUGCCAUCUCAAACAAUGAACAAUCAAAUGCAAGAAGUUAAUCAACCAUUAUCAGAAAUUCAUAAUCAUUCAUCUUAUUCGAAUAAUUCUUCUCAACCUAUUAUCUCAACAAUUGACAAUAUAAAUAAUGAAAUUGUAAAUACUUCAAUAAAUUUGAAUCUUUUCUCUUCUAUAAAUCAAACCAAUAAAAAUUCAAGAAAGUCAAUUGAUAAUACAGAACAACGUCGUAAAGCUCGUGAACUUUAUGUUGCAUUAAAACAACGUUAUCCAUUAACUAAUCAAACAACAUUAAAUGAUUCAAUAAAUUUACAGAAUACAUCAAAUAAUUUAAUUAUAACACAAAAUUUUGAAUCAAAACUUCCAUUAAUCAAUCAAAAUAUUAAUGAAAAACAAUUACAAGAAAAUAUUAAUAAAAUUUCAAUUAAACAAAAUAAACAUUUAUCUGAUGAGAAUUUACAAAAUUUUAAUGAACAAUCUAUUGAAAAUAAUAAUAGUCAUCAAUUACAAGAGAAUUUUCAAUCAAAUAUAAAUUAUUCAAAAUUCAAUGAAAUUGAAAAGAAUAAUAAUCAUUUCAAUGUGUUCAAUUCAAUGACUUCAGUAAAACAACAACAAUAUAAUGAAAAUAAAUUACAAGAUAAUAUAAUUGAAAAUAUUAAAUCGAUAUCAUCUGAUAAGUUGAUUGAAAUAUGUGGUUAUCAAUCAGAUAGUGGAAUAGAAUUUAAUAAUUUCUCACAAAAUAAUAAUUUAGAUAUUAAUAUAAAUGAAAAAAUUAUAUCAACAUUACCAAUAAAAACGAAAAAAAUAGAUAAAAAUUAUCAUCAAUAUAAAUUAGAUAAUAAUAAUAAUAAUAAUAUGAAUAUUAUUGAUUCAUUAAGAAAAAAUUUAUAUCCAUCAUAUAUUAAUAAUCAGUCAAAAGUAAUGAAUUUCAAUACACCCUUAAUGAAAUUAUGUAAUCAAAAAGAGAAUUAUAAUAAAGACGAAGAGAAUUUAGAGAAUUAUGCACGUCGUAUGCAUGAAAGAUUACAAGAAGGUAUGAAAGCAGCUCAAGAAUCAUUAUGGAUGCCUGAUUUACCUGAUUUAUCUAUGAAACAAUUGAGUAAUUCAUCUAUUCAUUCACCUGAAACACAUCCAUUAGAUAUGAUAAUAAAUUUAAGUUCUAAUAUUGAAGGUAACAAGUACAAAUCAAUAUCAGACACUGAAACAGAACAAACAUCUCAUCCAAAUCAAAAUGUGAAGAAAGAAAUGAUAGAUAAAACUGAAAAUUUGAGUAUAGGAAAAAAUUUACCAUCUUUUACUAAUUCUAUAAGCAGUACUAGUUCAAAGCAAAUCAGUUCACGAAUAAAUUGUUAUUCAUCCUUGAAUUUAGGAUUUCAUUUACCAAAUAAAUCAUAUGAAAAUCAACCAAUCAUAAGAAGUUUUAAUUCUCAAUAUAUCAGUAAUGAUAAAAUUAUUGAACAUGAUCUAACCAAUGAAUAUAGUAGGUGGGAUUUCAAAAAUGGUGUAUGUUCUGAUGUUGAAGAUUUACUUAAUCAACAUGAAAGACGACUAAUUUCACUUUCAGGAGAAGAUGGUGGUAAGAAAGCCUAUGAAUUAACAAAAUUCAAUUCAGCGUCAGAUACAGAAGAACUUCUAUCCAAUGAAUACAGAAUACCAACCUCAUUGAAAUGUAUGAAUUAUGCAUACAACGGAUCUGAUCCUAUCCAUCCAUCAUACAACUGGCUAAGGAAAGUGAAUAAUGAAACGGUUGGAGAUGGACUGCAUAACCGUUACUUUGUUCCGCCAAGAUUAAAUAAACUUGACUGUAAUAUAAAUCAACCAGACAGACCGAUCUUUACACCAGGGAUUUCUUCAAGUUUACUUACAAGAGCUAAACGAAAACAAAUCGAAGGUAGAUCUUCUUCUAUAGUGAAUGAUGAUGCUGAAAAAAUUUACGGGAUUGUUCCAUUAUCACCAUCCUAUUUAUAUCAUCAAUUUAUUCCAUCAACUGGUAUGAUAAUGAAAGGAUUAAAUGGUAGUAGCAACCGAAAUAAUCAAGACAGUGAAUCAACUCUACCAGGUACUAUAAGUGCUCCACCUGGAACACCAAUUAAACUACCUUAUGCUCCACCAGCUAGUCUGAUUGGUACAACUUCUGGUUUUAGCUGUCCAAAUUCAAGUUCACAAAUAAUCAAUGAUGGAGUGAAUGGUUCAAAGUUGUCGCUUACUUCAAAUGGAUCUUGUGUUUCAACAGUAGAAGAAAAGCAAGCUGAAGAAAUACAGAAACUGAAACGUCAACUUGAACAGGCUGAGAAGAAGGUCAGUGAAUUAACAACCCAGUUAACAACCAAUGUAAGUUAA